AUGCUGUUCACGAGCAGCAGCUGCAGAAACAACAGCAGCAACUCCAGCAGCAGCAGCAGCAGCAGCAGCAGCAGCAGCAACAGCCAUAGCAGCAACUCGCUAGUGCUGCAGCAGCAGCAGCAGCUAACAGCGGAUGCUGCAGCAGCAAGCAGCAGCUUUAAGGCCAGCAGAUGCAGCAGCUCAUGCAUGCAUCAGCAGCACGCAGCAGCAAACGCAGACACAGCAGCAGCUGAUGCAGCAGCAGCAGCAGCAAGCAGCAGGCAGCAGCAGCAGCAGAACCUCUAUAAGCUCCAAGACAAGCAAACUCUGAAGCAAACAGCAGCAGCAGCAGCCGCCGCCGCCGCCGCUUUCUCUCUUCUUUUUCAUAUCUUCAGCAGCAGCAGCAGCACCAGCAGCUGGCCAGCAGCAGCAGCAGCAGCAGCAGCAGCAGCAGCAGCAGCAGCAGCAGCGAUGAGCAAUGUCUUUUUUCAAGGGCCUGAAGCUCCAAGACAAGCAAACUCUGAAGCAAACAGCAGCAGCAGCAGCAGCAGCCGCCGCCGCUUUCUCUCUUCUUUUUUAUAUCUUCAGCAGCAGCAGCAGCACCAGCAGCUGGCCAGCACCAGCACCAUCAGCAGCAGCAGCAGCAGCAGCAGCAGCAGCAGCAGCAGCGAUGAGCAAUCAGCAGCAGCAGCAGCAGCAGCAGCAGCAGCAGCAGGAGAAGCAGCAGCAGCAGCAGCAGCAGAGUGGGCAAGGCCAAUGGGAUUUCUGCUGUGCUGCUGCGAUCAUCAUCCCUUUCCUCAGCAGCAGCAGCAGCAGCAGCAGCAGCAGCAGCAACAGGAGAAGCAGCAGCAGCAGCAGCAGCAGAGUGGGCAAGGCCACACACACAACGGGGCUGCAGCAGCAGCAGCAGCAGCAGCAGCAACUGCAGCAACAACAACAACGACACCUGAAGCGGCAGCAGGAGUACAUGUAGCAGCAGCAGCACCUGGAGCAGCAGCAGCAACAGCAGCAGCAGCAGCAGCAACUGCAGCAGCAGCAGCAGCAGCAACUCCUUAUCAAGAGGGUUGCAGCAACAAGCGGGAGGAUGACUGUGGAUGGGCUGACGGCGCGGAAGCAGCAGCAGCAGCAACAGCAGCAGCACCUGCAGCAGCAACAGCAGCAGGAGCAGGAGCAUCAACAGCAGAUGCUGCUGCUGCUGCAUCUACAACCCACCACACAAUGCAUGCGCACGGGGACGCGGCUGCUGCUCCAGCACACACAACGGGGCUGCAGCAGCAGCAGCAGCAGCAGCAACAACAACAACAACGACACCUGAAGCGGCAGCAGGAGUACAUGUAG